AUGACUCAUCCAUCUAAGAGAAAAACUAGAGAAAAAGAACAUGAUGAAUGGAGUGAUGAAAAUGACAGUGAAUGGGAUGAAGAGUUUAGUUUAUUAAAUAAAAAAGAAGCUUUUGAAGAUAAACCUUUUGAACCAAGUGGCUUCUUUACAAAAGCUGCAAAAGGAACUAUAAAAAUAUCAACUUUUAUGAAUAAUAAACUAAUACCAGAUGAUUUUGAAGACGUUCUUGAUGAUAUGGAUGAGGAAAAACAAAAUCAACUUGAUGUGGGUGAAAGAAUUGAAAAUUUAAAGACUGAUCUUAAAGAAAAGCAGAAGAUUUUAACAGCUGCUGAAUAUAACAAAAAAUGUGCAAUAUAUGAGUAUUUGAAAAGACUAGGUGAAAAUGGAAAAGGAAAGAUGAAAGCCAGCAAAGAAGCCAUACAGUUGAUUUUUAUUGAUUGUGCACCAUAUAGAGCAAGAUUAAUUCAAUACUGGGUAAAGAUGUUAGCUGUAACUGUAAUAUUAAGACACAGUAUCAUAUGUAAUAGGUUGCAACCUAUCUACAUUAAAAAGCAAAAGUUGUAA